UGCACAGCUCCAGCUACUGUUCUGUCGGACAGUGACUCCCGCAGUCCUACUUCCCCAUUAAGUUCUCCUACUAUUCCUGCCUCCCCAUCUUCCAUAGCUCCUGGUUCGCCUCAGUACUUGGCCCCUAGAAAUUUCAGUUCCCCACAGCGGACCCCAUAUGCCGAUAAAUUGAGUGCUGAUCGGAUUCCUGUGAUUUCCAAUAAGUAUGUUCUUCAAAGUGGAGAAGACAUCCCAACUGAACUCUCACACCCUUCUAUGGGGCGUUUGGACCCUUCUUACCCGUACAAUCUGCCCCAGGGAAAGUUGCGUCGGCCUGACCAAUGUAACUGGGGAAGCCGCCGCCAGGAAGAUACACUGGACCUAGAAGAGGAAGACGAAUCCGGGUCUGAGGAGAGUGACGAAGAAGAAGAAGUGAGUGUCCCUAUCUGGUUGUGUUCUGCUAUUGUUAUUGGCUACAUCUGCGGUGGUGCCUUUCUUUUCACUAUCUGGGAGGACUGGAACUUCUUAGACAGCUCCUAUUUCUGCUUCAUAACUUUAACAACUAUCGGAUUCGGAGACUUGGUUCCUGGAACUGCAGUGCUGUCUGAAGACGCCCAACUAACCCUUGGCUUGUGCGCUCUCUACUUGCUGUUCGGCAUGGCUCUCUUAGCAAUGUCUUUCAACUUGGUUCAGGAAGAAUUCACAAAGUCUGUGAAGUGUAUCGGCCGGAGGAUUGGAAUACUCUCAGACGACGAGGAUGAUAACUGAAGAAUCACAAAGAGCUAGAAGACUACUAUUGCAUCCUAAAGGUACUCUAGCAUCCUCCCGAGGUCUUACUCUAGUCUCAACGUUAACUAAAGGGUGUCAGUGACCAUUAACAGGUAGUAGAAGCCUAACAUACAUACGUAUGAGUAAUGGAAGGAUAAGAAAGUACGGCAGGGAAACAUAGUAACAUAUUCAACUCGGACUCCCCUCAUUUUGUACAAUGCAGCUGUCAGACAAGAAACACAUAAACCAUGUUAUAUCUAGUCUCUCUACCAACAUGCAAGAGUGAAGACAUCAGAAAAGUGUAACCAUAGUGACAUGGCUAAUAAAACAACCUUUAACAAUCAAUACCAGCAGAAGAUACAUUUCAGAAAACUGUUAUAUUUUAUAUUAAAACACAGACUGGACAAUAUAUGUAAUACACAGCUAUUGUAAACUUUGUGAUUCUUUCCUGUUAUGAUAUGGAAAUAGUGGCAAGACUUUUAACGGUAUGUUUAAAGUAUUGAAAACUGUAACGGUCCAGAUGUGUCUAUGGGAUGUAUCGAACAGAGGAUUUUAUCCUCUUCCCAACUAUGUGAUAUUUCUAGUUAGAUCCAAAUAAAUUUAGGGGCAGUGAUGAAAU